UUCUAUUUAAACAGAUCGUAUAAAGAUUGAAAUGUCAAACUUCUUCCGCGUUCUUCACAAAAAGCCUCGUUCGACCUUCCUAUCUGGACAAAAAAUGGAGGACUCUAAUAAUGUUGAGUUUGAAACAGUACCAGACGAAUACAGUGCCAGGAGUUUUUAUGAACAUUACAAAGAUAAUCUUCCACAGAUGGUCAUGGUAACUCAAGGAUAUAUGGGAGAGGGUAUAUUUGAGACGUUUGACAGGGGACAGGUUUUUAGAAUACAAACAUAUACCAAACAGAAGAGAGUGAUUGCGCUGGUUGUUUCCGGUGAAAAAGGAAUGUACGGGUUACAAGGGAGACAAAUCAGUAUUCCCGCGGAUUAUGACGUCAAGUUCCACGUUUUGAAACUAGGAAAAUUCAAAGUCGGUAAACCAGCCAGUUUAAAAGAAAUCUUGGAGCGCAAAGAACUCCCGUUGGAUGUCCAAUUUGCUGGAGACGAGAAAGUUUUAAUUGGUUCGACAGCAAGAACAGCAUCUUUUACCUUGACACUUGUCAAUACAUAUGAGGAUUUUUAUCUGCUCGGGAAUGCUAUAUGUGAUGGUAAACUUUAUGACAGUGUUACAGCUGUUCCUGCAUACCUACCUGACCUUAGGUUUUCUAUUGUUAAAUCUAUCAAAGGAUACAGCGAUGACCAGUAUAAGAACUUCAUGUCUGUCACUGACCAGUUUGUAAAGGAACAUAUUACUUUUGACCAAUCAUUUGGUAACACAGAAAUUGCCCUGUAUUCAAACGAAAGAAGUCAGCAAGUUGAAAGUUCUAUUGUAGAAAGUUAUGCGUAUAUCUCACCAUGUGAAUACUAUAACAUCGGGGACCUUCUGAGACAUGAUAAACCAAAACCUGCCACCAAAAAGGGAAAGAAAGGAAAUGAAAAAGUUUACGAUGUCUUACGAGUUUCAAAAUACGACAACCAAACUUACGCUUCCGUGGGUGUUGAGCAAACAGACACAGGUAGUCAGUCUAUGAGUGGAAAGAAAAAUGAGGAUUCGAUUCUAACAAACCGAAUACCAUAUACUGAUGAGAAGGGAAUAGCAAAUAAAGAUAAAGAUAACACCCAAUCUGAGACCGUUAAGAAAGACCCACCACCCAUACCCCCAAAACCACCUCAGCCAACAACGGGUCAAUCUUCCAAUAUAACUGCAAAAACAGACACCGUUUUGUCUCCCGCUAUCGACAACAAAACAUAUAUGUGUACGUCACAAACAGAAGAAAAGGUAGACAUUAAGGCUGAUAACAUUAUAUCUGUUGAUACUGGUACACUGCCUGCUACAGUAGAUACAAAGGAACCAGUUCCCCAAACGAAAGAACAGCCUAAAAGAAGAGAGCAAGAGGAAGAAAUGAUAGAUGUUGAGUUUGAAACUGCCAAAGAAGAUUACAGCGCGAGGAGCUUUUAUGAGCACUACAAAGAUAACCUACCACAAAUGGUCAUGGUGACACAGGGAUAUAUGGGAGAGGGUAUCUUUGAGACAUUUGACAGGGGACAGGUUUUCAGAAUCCAGACAUAUUCUACACAGAAGAGAGUUGUUGCAGUCGUAGUUUCCGGUGAAAAGGGGAUGUACGGAUUGCAGGGAAGAAAAAUCAGUAUUCCUGCUAAUUAUGACGUCACUUUUCAUAUCAUGAAACACGGAAAACCAAAAGGAAAGUCAAUUAGGCUAAAGGAGAUUUUAGAACAAAAAGAGCUUCCAAUUGAAGUACAGAUUUCUGCACAUGAGGAUCAAUAUGCAGAUCAACAACAUCUUGGUCCUUUACUAAGGACAGGUCUAUUCACCCUCAAGCUCCUCAAUACGUACGACGAUUUCUUCCUCCUUGGAAACGCUAUCUGUGAUGGAAACUUGUAUGGUAGUGUAACAGCAGUCCCUGCUUAUCUCCCCGAUCUGCAGUUUUCCAUAGUAAAGUCUAUAAAAGGUUGCACUAUUGAACAGUACCUCCAUUUCCUCUCUGUCACAGACCAGUUUGUCAAAGAUAAUAUAACAUUUGACCAAACAUUUGGCAAUACAGAUAUAGCGCUUUACUCUCCUGAACAGGCACAUGCUGAAGAAAGUUAUUCGUAUAUAUCACCCUGUGAAUAUUAUAAUAUUGGUGACCUAUUAAGGAACAACAAGGCAGAACCAGUCGUCAAAAGAGAGAAACAAACAGACAAGGUGUAUGAAGUUAUCCGAGCUUCUACAAUAUCAAUGAACCAACAGGAAAACCAGUACGAAGUUACAAUAUUCGGCAAGAAAACAGGGACUUCCAAUAAUCCACAAUUUGAUUCUAAUACAAUUAAAGACGCUAAAAAGCAACUGAGGAAUACCGGUCGUUUUGAAUUGGCUAGAACGGAUCAGAAUACAGGGACAGGCAAAAUUGACGAGCUAAAUGUAGGAAAUACGCUUCUAUCAUCGGAGACAAACGAUACACUAAAGCAAACAGAUGUAUCAGUCAAACAAGAAAAGGUCUCAUUAGAAAAAACAAGCAUUACAGAAAAUACCGAUUCCUUUUCUGACUUAACACGUAGGCUAAAACCGACAAGUUCACAAAAUGCUUCGGACGUACCUCCUCGUAUCCCUGAGAGGCGGUCAAUCGUUGACAAAAUAGGAUUAGUUCGUCCCUCUCCAUCAAGUAAAUCUGCAACCACACCGGUUCAAAUGUCACAAACAUCGGAAUCGGAAAUAAUUGUAGAUGUCGCUUCGUUAACAAUAGAGGACGUUGGCGAAUGGUUAAGGAAAUUGAAACUUGAAAAAUAUUCGGAUGUGUUUGAAGAAAACCAGGUCGAUGGUUGUAUUCUCAUGUCAAUUGAUGAAGACAUGUUAAAAGAGGAUUUCCAUAUGAGUCGAUUCGAAGUCAUGAAACUGAUGAAAUUUGUAAGAACUGGAUACGUUCCGCGUACAAGAACGACGGAGAGUUAACUCCAUCCAAUAUUUGGAUAAAAUGUCAUCAUAUGAAUUCUUAUUCUAAUCAUAUAUAUGGAUACACAACAGCUAGAAAACGUGUUUAACUAAUAGUUUUUGAGUAAUAAAUGCCAAAUGUGAUAUGCAAAAUAAUACAAUUUGACAAAUUCAAUCGGUAACUGCUACUCUGGUGCUUUUAUGUAGUAAAAAUGUAAUUUGCUUUCAUCCUGGUUAAACCAUUAUGUUUUAUUUAUACAAGAAGUAUGUCAUUGAACAUGUUGAAAUCAUUAGCAAAAGUAAAAAGAAAUGUAGUUGAUGUCUUAUAAAAAUAAUAAUGAUUUUAUAUUA